GGCGGGGCUGUUGCUGAGUUGGAGCUUCUCUGAUCUGACCCCGGUUUUCCGCUCAGGACGGCGGUCGUUCAGGCCAUGUACUGGCGUCGGGCGGUUCUGGCAGGGACGCGGUUUAUCCAGAGCGGGAGCAGGUGCAGGAGCAGCUCGACGGCAGGGCUCGAGGAGGCCCGUAGAGCUGCAGCCUCUGGGAUGGGGAACAGCACGUCAUCAUCUUUUGGGACACCAGCAACUGCUCCUGUGAAUCAGAUCCAAGAAACAAUUUCUGACAACUGUGUAGUAAUUUUCUCAAAAACAUCUUGCUCUUACUGUACAAUGGCAAAAAAAAUUUUCAAUGACAUGAAUGUUAACUAUAAAGCUGUGGAAUUGGACAUGCUUGAAUAUGGAAGCCAGUUUCAAGAUGCGCUUUACAAAAUGACAGGUGAAAGAACUGUGCCAAGAAUAUUUGUCAAUGGGACAUUUAUUGGAGGUGCGACUGACACUCACAGGCUUCACAAAGAAGGAAAAUUGCUUCCACUAGUUCAUCAGUGUUAUUUGAAAAAAAGCAAGAAAGAAGAAAUUUCAGUGAUGUAGGUGCUCAUAAGUUUGCUAGUAACAUGUUGGUAUUUAAAGUGAUAAUGUCCUUAAAGUGCUUGAGGUUUCAAAUAUGUGAAUUAUCUUCACAAAAAAGUAAAAAUGAUAAACAAUAAAUUACUGCAGAAAACACA